AAAUAUUAACUGGUGGCGUUACACCGUUGCAACUUAAAACCACACCCACCUUCUGCAGCCUUUGCAGAAGCCAUUCUGGUAUUUUAAUGCCCCCACGGGGCCCAGGUGCGGUUUAUGCCACAUGUCAUCAGACGUAACAGGCUGUUAUACAAUGGAUUCAUCAAAUAUACAGUACUCCACCUUUCCACACUACAACCUCUCCAUUCCAGACACUCUUGUGGCACUCUUCCGGCUCAGUUAGUGAAACCAGAUCUGAACAUCCAGGAACAACACGCCGCGAACACUUGACGGAUUGGUCGAAGUGGAAUAAUAAUCUGUGAAGCAAAACAUUUGCUGGCGGAAACGUUUUAUAGUCAAUAUCGUGCACAGGUUGGGACAGCAUCAACAGCUCGUAGCACUUCCGUGACUUCUUCAAAGGCUUCAGUCAGGAGCUCAACUUCCUACGGAGAGGUGUGCGAUGAUACUCAUUCCUAAAUGCAAAAUGGAUUGGUUCUUUCAGCGACUCCACAGAGAAUAUAUCUCUCAGCCCUUCUACCGUUCGGGAUUUGUAAUGUUUUCCCUGGCAAUGCUGGUUUCCCUACUGGUCUUCCCAGUCUUAAAGAGCCUGAGUCUGCAGUUACAUUCUGCAAUUACCGGAAGCUAUGUUUCAGGAUACCAUUCUAUGGCCUUGAUCAACUGCCCCAAUGAACAGGUUGCUAAGGACAUUGCCAGAGCGAUCAUGGAGAAGAGACUUGUUGCCUGUGUGAACAUUCUGCCAAAAAGCUCUUCCAUGUACUACUGGAAAGGUGAAAUUGAAGACACAACUGAAAUUUUGGUGCUUGCAAGGACAAGGACGUCCAAAAUUCCAAAGCUCACUGAAUAUGUAAGAUCAAUCCAUCCUUUUGAAGUUCCUGAAAUCCUGAGCUUUCCAGUUGAUCAAGGCAAUCCUUUCUUCAUGAGGUGGAUUGACGAUGCUGUACUGGACGACUGAGUUGGCAGAUUUCUUUCCCAUUACAAGACCUGAGUGUGAGAAGGAAUUAAAGGAUUAAACAGGGAUUUUACUGUUUAUCUGAUCAUCAGAAUUGAAAUCUCUGAGCAUUCCUUGUCAGAGAAAUGAAUGACAUCACAGUGAUGUAUUGUUUUGUAGCUUCUAAACAUUUUAUCUGAUUAGCUGUUGCAGUUUCAUUUUAAUGAAACUUAAAGUCAGCAGUUUUUUUCCUCUCUCCCAUUUGGGAGUAACCAGAUUCUAACUGAGUUGGUUCAUCACUGCAAGCUAUGGAGAAGAAGAUGGUACAGUACAGACCCUCUGAGACAAUCAGUUGUCAGUCAAUUUGAUUUUGAUUCACACUGUGAAACUAGUGUCCAUGAGAGAGUUAAAGUAUCAGAAGAUUUAGCUUUCAAUUAAAAAACUGCUGCAAAACUGGCUAAAUUCCACUCUUCAACAGUGAUUCUCUGCCGGGUCUUUUUUUAGGAAUUUCUGGUCACAAUCACUGGUGAGUUUAAAUCUCAGAUGAGAUGCUGUUUUACUCUCGAGAAAACCUCACAAAACUGAUCUAUUAAAUGGUUCACUGCAUAAAUGCAUUUGCAGGUCAACAAUACAAAUAAGAAUUUAUUCUCAGCUGACUUCAGCGAGUUAAAUAAAGCAUUAAAUAAAAAUGUGCUGUCUGGACUUUAUAUAGAACUCAAUGUGAAUUAGUUUAGUGAUUAUCUUAAAUUACAAACAAAACUGAAUCUGAGUCUACUACACAAAGCUAUGUAGUAUUAAAUUAGAAUGUACUAAAUUAAUUUGAAAUAUACUUUUUAUUCCUAGUUCAUUUUUUUUGUUUAGUAUUGUUUGUGUUCUCUUAAGAGGAUGAUUUUCGAAGAAUAUUUGGAAGAUUGUUUUUACUACAGUACAUUACUUUCAGUAAUUAAAAAAUAACCUCCCUUGCUUUUCAAACCAGAAAAUGUGUCUCCUCUAAAAGAGGCAAAAGUUGUCAAAAUUCAUUUAAAAAUCAUAAAAUGUGUAUUUUUUUUGUUUUCAAACUUAACAAGUGGAAAUGUUUUUUAAAUAAA